AUGGACAUCCGCGGUGGACGCGAUAGGCGGCCGGGCGACAGGCGUCCGCACAGGGGCCCUCGGGCACCUAGGCGGCCGCAGUGGUCGCCCGACCAACAGCAACGUGUAGUGGUCGGCGCUGAAAUGGCGGCCGGUUCGACGGCCACGGCCUCCACCGCCGGCCCUUGCAAACCACCGCCGCCGCCACCUCCCCGACUGCUACCGUCACCCAGACUGCAACUGUCACAGCCCCCGCCGCCCCGAUUGAUACGGCCACAGACUCCACCGACGCCGAAAUCGCCAGCAACGGAACAACCACAGCCACCUCAGCCGUCGACGCCGAGGUUACCGCCGCAACAGGAAUGCCGGAUACGGGAAUCCGGUGAUGGAGUGGAAGACUGCGUAGAGGCUGCCGGAGGAAGCGGCGUGGCCGAUGACACUGAACUGCUGGCCAAGCUCCGGUGUCCUAGCGAGAGCGCCGAGGUGGUCGCCGAACGGGAGAAGCGACGGCAGCGACGACGGUGCCCCGACUAUCCUGGGCUAGCGCUUUCCAGUUCCGUGUUCAGCACGGAAACGGGCAUGAAGUUCAGUAUCAUCAGGAACGAACUGCACAACGUGCUCAAGCCGCAACUGCGACGGGUAAGUCGGUGGCGGUGUGACCGCGGUGGCAGCGGCGGCGGCGGCCGACUCUAUUUGUAG